UGGGAGAAUAGGCCUUUGGUUCCACUUCACGUAUAUUAAUGGGGACUCUGUAUAUGCAGAUGCCAUCUCUCUCUUCAGGGACUCUGUAUUGGCAGAUGCCAUCUCUCUCUUCAGGGACUCUGUAUAUGCAGAUGGCAUCUCUCUCUUUAAGGACUCUUGUGGCUAUUUCCUCCUUCAAUGCAGUCCUCCGAUAUAAGCCGGAUAUUUCAUGGUGAUCCCCUCUGCUUUCUGGAACUGAUCUUUUGGCAUUGCUAUAGAAUCUCCUGCUUGCCCUCCGUGCAAGUAGCCUGUAAAACAGUCUAGUUCUUAUUUCUGGAUGAAGAAUGUAAGAAAAGAUCUAGAGUGUGGAAGCCUAUUAAAUCAAGUAAUCAAUAUACCCAAGAUUGAUCGAUCGAAGAAGUGGCAUGCUCAUCAUGGUCGGACUGCAAUCACGGAGUGGGAAAGUAGCCGCAAUCCACAGCCCAAUAUCCUUGAAUUCUAGAGAGGAAAAAGUGUUGGAACAAAUUGAUUGAGAUUUU